UAGAAAUCAUAGCAUAAAUAUAUUUUUAUGUAUUGACAAAUAAACAAAUAAUACACUACCACUUUCCACAGUUAGAAAACAAGUUCAUCUCCUACUUAUUGAUGGCUGCCAAUAUUUAUCGGCGGCAAAACCAGCAUCACGCCGUCCAUUCCAUGAUCGCCCCAUGAAUAAACCUCUAUUCCACCAUUAAAAAAGGAACCCAUAUAAACCUCUCCUCCAAAAAAUGGCAGAUGAAAAUCCCACACAUUUUCAUUUCCACCCGUUCAAUCGGGCCCCCGUUGAUGAUCUGACAUCGGUAGGCGGGCUCGAGCCGGGUUGAAGGUGUAAUUUUUCAUUAUUUUUCCAAUUUUUCUUUUAUUUUUUUUGUUGCGCCGAUGGAUGAUCAGCCGGCGCUUCCCGGAAAUGUCACCAACGAUUUCUGUUACGUCUCAGUCGGUCUGCAUUCCCCCGGCGUCUGGGGCUCCACAGACGCCGGGAAAUUCCUGAAUUACGCCCUGCCUCGGCUGCAGCUCCAAUUGGCCGUCAUUUUCGCUCUCACGCAGGGCAUUCAUCUCUUGCUCCGGCGAUUCCAUCUGCCUCGUAUUGUUUCCGAAAUCCUGGCUGGAAUCAUACUCGGACCAACUAUUCUCGGCCAGAUGCCAGAUAUUCAAUCUGCACUGUUCCCACAAGAAGGAGAUGUCUACUUGGACUUACUAUCCAAAAUCGGCUACAUUUUCUUUAUAUUCCUUAGCGGCGUGAAAAUGGACCCAAGAAUCGUCCUGAGGACCGGCAUCAAGGCCUGGACUAUAGGUGUCCUCUCCGUCACAGUCCCAGUCAGCGGCGGCUUAAUCCUAAGCAUACUUAACCAGACGAAUAUUCACAGGUACAGAUGGCCCGCUUACAAAACAAUCGUCACCAUUCAGAACUUAUUCCCAUUCCCCGUUAUAGCUUCAAUGCUCGUCGACCUUAAAAUCAUGAACACCGAGCUCGGCCGUCUUGCGCUUGCAUCAGCACUCAUAAGCGAUUUGGUCAGCAAUUUAACGUCCACCAUCAUCUCGUACGGGCGGAUAGGGCUAAUGGGCUACGCGGGAGUUUUAAUUACGCAUUCGUCCUUUCUGACAUUUUGUUUGGUUGCGUUCAUCUUGUUCGUGGCCCGUCCGAUUUGUCUGUGGAUCAUUCAGAAGACUCCGGAAGGAAAGCCCGUCAGCCGAUUCCACAUCAUGCUGAUGGCGCUUCUGGUCUUGAUUGUGGUCUUGCUUACUGAUAAUGUGGGCCUUAAUUACCAGUAUGGCCCGUUCUUAUUGGGCCUGGCUGUACCGGACGGGCCCCCGUUGGGGGCGACACUGGAGGACAGGCUGGAGACGUUGAUUUCAGGACUGUUGGCGCCGCUGCUUGUGACGUAUUGCGGGAUGAACGUGAAUUUGGUCGAGCUGUAUGAUCUGAAGUUUAUAGCUGUGGUGUGGCUUGUGCUUAUUAUCUGUUUCGCGAUGAAGUUGGCUGCGAUUUUUGUCACGGCGUAUGUUUGCAAGGUGCCGGUUAAGGAUGCGAUUGCUCUUUCCUUCUGCAUGAGCGCGCAAGGAGUCGUUCAGAUGUCGUUUUAUUACUAUAAUGCUAUAAAUCAGACGUUUGAUGGUGAGACUUUCUCGAUGCUCACGAUGUCCGUCCUCCUCCAAGCUGCCGGCGCCAACCUGGCGGUCAAAUCUAUGUACGACUACUCUCGCAUGUACACCGGCUACCAGAAACGCGACGUCCAACACACUCCCCCGACCUCCGAGCUCCGCCUCCUCGUCUGCGGCCACCGCGCCGACGACACCCUGGCGGCCCGCGUCCUCCUCGAAUCCUCCUACUCCGGCAAAGAAAGCCCCCUCGCCAUCUACGCCCUCCACCUCAUCGAGCUCGCCGGCCGAGCCCACCCUCAGCUCAUCGACCAUCAGCUCGGCCAGAAAUCCUCCGGCGGCUCCCGCACUCAAAAAAUGAUCGAAAUCGUCUCGUCCCUCGAACAACGCCACUCGAUCGCCGUCCAGCAGUUCACCGCCAUGUCACUCCCGAAAUUCAUGCACCACGAUAUCUGCACCGUCGCCUUCAACAAGCUCGCUUCUUUAAUCCUUCUCCCCUUCCACCGCAAAUGGAAUCACCAAGGGAAGAUGAUACUCGAUAGUAGUAGCUUACGCGCGAUUAAUUGCGACGUGCUUAAUAUGGCUCCGUGCUCGGUUGGGAUACUCGUCGACCGGCAUAAAAUACGGAGGGGACAGUCGUCGGAUUAUCGAGUCGGGGUGGCAUUUUUCGGAGGGGCGGACGAUAGGGAAGCGUUGGCGUACGCGCGGAGGAUGGCGCUCUCGGCGGGGGUGCAGCUUACUGUGGUGAGGUUCGUCGCGUGGGAUAUUUUUGCGGGGGAUAGUCAGUGGGAUGCGGUGCUGGAUGCGGAGAUUUUGAAGGACACGAGGCUGCAAGGGGCACACCAGGAGAAUAUUGUUUAUAGAGAGGAGAGGGUGAAGGAUGGGGCGGAGACUGCGCUGCUCGUGCAUGCUAUGGAGGAGGAGUUUGAUCUGAUUAUGGUGGGGAGGAGGCAUAAAGAUGAUAUGCCGCAGUUGUUGGGGUUGAGCGAGUGGAAUGAUUUGCCGGAGCUUGGGCCGGUGGGGGACAUGCUGGCGGCGGCUGACCUCAGCACGCCAGUCUCGGUUAUGGUCGUGCAGCACCAGAAUGUGAAGGCUAUUUGAUCGAGGUUAGACGUUGUUGAUUUUUUCUUCUUUUUUUUUUUCUUUUUUCCUCAGUGUGAUUUCUUGUGAGUUGUGUGCUGAAUUUGGAAACAGAGUACUGUGAGUUUAGGAAAUUUCGUUUGGGAGAAAUGAAAGAAAAUGGCCAUUGAAAAUGAAGGAUUUGAUGAUGUACUGUAAGGAUGGUAAUGUGUGUGUGUUGAGUUGGAUCUGUGACUGGGAUUCAUUGAUAAGAUUCUGGAGUUAUUAUAAAUGGGUUCAUUGCAGAGUCUUGGUUUUUGGGAAAUACUGUUCAAGUUUACAUAAUAUAGGAUCUUAUAGUAUUAUUUGAAUAAAAAUAUCUUCUGCAG